AUACAUUUCCUUCUUUUAUGUAUUCUAAUCAGAUCCCUCCUUAGUUCACCUUGGAACUUGCUCUCCUAGUUAAUCUUUCUCCCUGGCAUCCUCAGUUUACCUGCCUUCUCCUUCUCUCCAUCUCCCUAGUCCAUGGUUAUAGCUCUCUUUUCUUACAUACUCAGGCAUUCAUAAAUUCUCCCCUCUUCUUCUCAUUUUGUGUAUCUCCCAUACCUCUUGUAGUUUAUCCAUUUUUUUCCUCCUUCCACUUAUAAAUGUCUCAGACUUUCAUUAUAUACCCACAGUCUCAUUUCCUCUUCUCUCCUUGGCCUUUUCUAUGAGAUUCUACUCCUUCUAUUACAUGGUCAUUGUGGAUUCAUUGGUCUCCUUUCUAGACAACACCUGGCAAGUUAAUAAUCAGAUAGACUGGCACCAAGAAAACCAAGGCAACCCUGAAACUCUGGGGAGUCACCACAAAAAUAAUGCAUUUGGAAAAACAUCUUCUCUGAGCUUAAACCUUGAUGUGCCUUUAGCACAAAGAUCUCAUACCUUUGACAUACUUGGGAAACAUUUGAAACCUAAUCUUGAGUACAUUACUCAGAAUAGAAGCUAUGAAAGAAAUGAAGUUGAACUUAAUGGAUAUAAAAAAUUAUUUCUUUAUACUAGGCAUGAGAAAAUUUAUACCACAGAAAAAUACAAUGCAUAUAAUGAAUGUGUAAAGGCUUUCAGACAUAAAACACAGCUUAUUAAACAUUGGAAAACUCAGACAGAAGAGAAACACUAUAACUGCAGUGACUGUGGGAAAGCCUUUUCCCAGAAGUCAGACCUCAUUAAGCAUCAGAGAACACACACGGGAGAGAAACCCUAUGGUUGCAGUAGAUGUCAGAAAACCUUCAGCCGAAAGUCCCACCUCAUUUUACACCAGAGAACCCAUACAGGAGAGAAACCUUAUGAAUGUAAUAAAUGUGGGAAAGCUUUUACUGAUAAGUCAAGCCUUAAUAAGCAUCAGAGAACUCACACAGGAGAGAAACGGUUUGAGUGUCGCAUAUGUCAGAAGGGCUUCAGUGAUAAGUCACAACUCACUUUACAUCAAAGAACUCAUACAGGAGAGAAACCCUAUGCUUGUGGAGAAUGUCCGAAAAGCUUCAGCAACAAGUCACAGCUCAUUAUUCAUCAGAGAUCUCACACGGGAGAGAAACCCUAUGGUUGUGAUGAAUGUGGGAAAACCUUCCCCCUUAAGUUUAGCCUCAUUUUACAUCAAAAGACUCAUACAGGGGAAAAACCCUAUGGAUGCAAGGAAUGUGGGAAAGGCUUCAUCCAGAGAUCUGAGCUCAUUAGACAUCAGAGAACUCACACAGGAGAGAAACCUUAUAACUGCAGUGAAUGUGGGAAAGGCUUUAGUGUAAAGUCACUCCUCAAUACUCACUGGAGAACUCAUACAGGAGAGAAACCCUAUGGAUGCAGUGAAUGUGGGAAAACGUUCUCCAUCAAGUUUAGUCUCAUCCUACACCAAAGAACUCACACAGGUGAGAAACCCUAUGAAUGCAGUCAGUGUCGGAAAGCUUUCACCCAAAAGUCACACCUCACUAUUCAUCAGAGGUCUCACACUGGAGAGAAACCUUAUGAAUGCAGUGAAUGCCACAAAGCCUUCAGCCGGAAGUCAUAUCUCCUUAUUCACCGGAGAAUUCACUCGGGAGAGAAACCUUAUGAAUGCCUCGAAUGUGGGAAAACUUUCUCUCACAAGUUUAGCCUCAUUAUUCAUCGGAGAAUCCAUACAGGAGAGAAACCCUAUGGAUGCAGUGAAUGUGGGAAAACUUUUCCUAUCAAGUUUAGCCUCGUUUUACAUCAGAAGACACACACCGGAGAGAAACCCUAUGAAUGCAGCGAAUGUCAGAAAUCUUUCGCCCAGAAGUCACAUCUUAUUAUACAUCAAAGAACUCACACAGGUGAGAAACCUUAUGGAUGCAGUCACUGUUGGAAAACUUUCUCCCACAAAUUCAGCCUCAUUUUACAUCAGAAAACUCAUAGAAGAGAGAAAUCAUGAAUGAAGUAAAUAUCCAAAAGUUGUCAUUGAGAGUGAAUAGCUCAUUACACCAGAGUUUACAUAGGAGUGAAACUUUGAGACUGCAGCAGAUGUGGACAUGCUUUCUUUUCAAAUUCACACCUCAUUACUUAUCAGAGAAUGGUACUGGCUAGAAUGCCAGACAGGAGGAAAUACCUUUCCCAAUAAACGUCAACUGAAUGCAGCCCAGAGGGAACAAAUAGGAAGGAACAUCUCUGUAUGUAUUGAUUGUGGGGAUGUUGUUGUGAAAUUCAGCUACAUUGGUAUCAGAGAAUUGACAAUAAGGAAAAAAUUCUAUGCUUUAAAGAAUCUGGGGAAUCAUGCUUUCAUGGAUAUCAUUUUGUAAGGGAAGUCAUUUUCUGCAAUUAUGACAUAAUAAGCAGCAUUAUAGAAAGUCUUAAAUAUGUAAAUAAAUAUUAUAUCAGAACUAUGUGAUAAUAAGUGUUUUGUGUCUAUUUUUGUUAUAAAGAUGAUUGUUCAUAUUUGGGAAUUGCAUGUAUUAGCAUAACAAUUGUGACUCCUUGGUCCAUGUGCUUAAAUGUCCAUAAACCUUUUCCAUAGAA